UUUUUGUCAAAGUGGCACAAGCCAUUCGCUGUCAUGGUUUCCCGACCUCAAAUCGCCAUCCCCUUCGGUGACGUCACCCUCCCCUGUGUGUGUGGCCUCCUGCCAUAGUUUUUCAAUGCCGGGCAAGAUGGCGGCCACACAGGAGCGGUGUUAUUGCCAGUGGUCAUAAAGGGAGCAUUUUAUUGAAAAAUCGAAACCAAGUCAGACGUCACAUUGUGCUUGUCCCACGCCUCGACGCCUGUUUGGGCGGGCAGUUUUUGUUUUUUUCCUUGAAAACACGCUUUGACCCACCUCAACAUGUUCACGUUGUAGCUCGCGGACAGCAGUCUACCAGCUAGCCUAGCUCGCUAGCCGUAAACCCAAGCCGCCGUCAAGUGGAGAAUGGGGGAAAAGCUGGAGCUCCGGCUCAAAUCUCCGGUUGGAGCUGAAGCCGCUGGCUACCCUUGGCCCUUACCGGUUUACGCACAUUAUUACAGUAAAUUCUCUUUCCAGGAUAAACACCACGAUGCUGCCCAUGAAAUCAUCGAGACCAUUCGGUGGGUGUGUGAGGAGAUUCCGGACCUCAAGCUGGCAAUGGAAAACUAUGUGCUCAUUGACUAUGACACCAAGAGUUAUGAGAGUAUGCAACGACUGUGUGACAAAUACAACAGGGCCAUUGACAGCAUUCACCAGCUGUGGAAAGGGACCACCCAGCCCAUGAAGUUGAACAAGCGCCCUUCCAACGGGCUCCUGCGACACAUCCUCCAGCAGGUGUACAACCACUCGGUGACCGACCCGGAGAAGCUCAACAACUACGAGCCCUUCUCGCCCGAGGUUUACGGAGAGACCUCCUUCGACCUGGUGGCGCAGAUUAUCGACGAGAUGGAAAUAAUGGAGGAUGACACCUUCGUGGAUCUCGGCAGCGGCGUGGGGCAGGUCGUGCUGCAGGUUGCUGCGGCGACCAACUGCAAACACUACUACGGCGUAGAGAAAGCAGACAUUCCAGCAACCUAUGCAGAGUCCAUGGAUAAAGAGUUUAAAAAGUGGAUGAAAUGGUAUGGGAAGAAACACGGGGAGUACACUCUGGAAAGAGGAGAUUUUCUGUCCGAAGAAUGGAAAGAAAGGAUCGCUACCACAAGUAUUAUUUUUGUGAAUAAUUUUGCCUUUGGUCCAGAGGUAGAUCACCAACUGAAGGAACGUUUUGCUAACAUGAAGGAAGGUGGAAAAAUUGUAUCCUCCAAACCAUUUGCACCGUUAAACUUUCGAAUAAACAGCCGAAACUUGAGCGAUAUAGGCACAAUAAUGCGUGUGGUUGAGCUCUCGCCGCUGAGAGGCUCCGUGUCCUGGACGGGAAAGCCGGUCUCCUACUACCUGCACACCAUAGACCGCACCAUACUUGAAAACUACUUUGCCAGUCUAAAAAAUCCUAAACUCAGGGAAGAGCAAGAGGCAGCCCGGCGACGUCAGCAGAAAGAUACUAAGGACAGCAAAAGCAAUAGCACCACACCCACCAAAACUAGGGACCAAAACAAGGAUUCGUGUGGGGAGGAGGAGCGUCUCCCUUUGGUGCCUGUGGCCAAGCCCCCCGCCAAACCCCGGCAAACAAAACUGCUGGCCAAGGGUCGCAAGCUGAACAACAAGAAGAGGGGUCGACCCAAGAAGGCGGCGCCGGCUGCCGACAAGAAAAAGACCCAGAGCGCGUUGGAUCUGCUGCACGCCAAGACCCUUUCUGCAGCGCCACCUCAGGAUGCAUACUUGCAACCGCGGAGUCCCUUCUACCAACUACCUCCAAAGCUUCAGCACUAUCCAGCCAAUCAACUGCUGCUGAGCCCAACCCCUCCCGGUCUGCAACACUUGCUAGAUAGCAUCAAAGUUCAAUACCUCCAGUUUAUGGCCUACAUGAAGACUCCUCAGUAUCAAUCCAAUCUGCAGCAGCUUGUAGAGCAGGAGAAGCAAAAACACAGGGAUUUGUCCGUGCAGGCGGAGCAGCUCCAUUCCAUCUGUCAGACUCACAAGGACAAAAUCAAAGGUCUCUUUCAGAACAAACUGGAUGAGCUGGGCGUGAAAGCUCUGACUGUGGAGGACCUGCUGCAGGCGCAGAAGGAGAUAUCGGCCCACAACCAUCAGCUGAAAGAGCAGACCAAACAGCUUGAGCGAGACAUGGUUUUGCUGCGAGAUCACAGCGUGCUGCUGCUAAAGUCUCGAUGUGAGGAGCUGAAGUUGGAUUGGGGCUCGUUGUGUCUGGAGACUCUGCUGAAGGAGAAGCUGGCCCUGCGGAGACAGAUCUCUGAGAAGCAGAGGCACUGCUUGGAAUUGCAGAUCAGCAUUGUGGAGCUAGAGAAAAGUCAAAGGCAACAGGAGCUUCUUCAGCUCAAAUCAUACAGCCCUCAUGAGGGCUCCCCGUACCGCAAGAACCAGGAAUCCCGUUCGUCCGCCGACAUGGACGCCUCCAAGUUCGGCCUGUCAUCAGUCCCAGCUGUCAAUGGCAUAAGCCCAGAACGCGCUAUCAACGGUACCGGCUCGCCCUCUUUCGAGCGCGGGAACACCAAGACGGAGCUUCUUUCGCGCUAUCUGCCAAUCUCUCCUGACCACGACGCUGCGGCAGCCAUGCCCGAGGCUCGACAGAGGCAGCACGUCUCCCACGCUCUUCCCGACUACACGCGCUUCUCCCCCGCCAAAAUUGCCUUACGCAGGCACCUCAACCAAGAACCCACAGCCGCCGGCCACUUGAGGGGCCCCGGGCUUCCCACGCACAGAGGGGAAAUGGGUGGCCUUAACUCUCCUCUCGGAGCCAAGCAGGGCAGCCCUUGCCCUCAUGCAUUGGAUGCCCAGAAUACUCCAAAAAGCACUGAGAGGGGUGGAAAAGAGAAGAGUCCAUCUGUUCCGGCAGACAGCAGUAUCACAAGCCUUCCAAUAAGUAUUCCACUGAGCACUGUUCACCCAAGCAAACUUCCAGUCAGCAUUCCACUCGCCAGCGUGGUGCUGCCCAGUCGUGCUGAGAGACUGAGAAGCACUCCUAGUCCUGUGUCUCAGACCAGCCAAGUUAAUGGAUAUUCAUCUAGCUCAGGGCUCAUGAAUGGAGGUCCCCACCCAGAGGAACAAAAUGGUGCUUCUUCAUCGCCUCCACACACAAACACGCCUCUGGCGGGACCCAUGAGCAGAGGAGGUCCAAUCCAGAGCCCCCCACUCAGCACCGGAGGGGUUCUUCAUUAUGCAGACGGACCGCCGAGGAUCGUUUCAGAAGACGGCCAGGAACGCCAAGAGACCGAGUCGGACACUGAGCCCCAGGACAAUGAACUGCGGAGGAGAAUCUUUUUCUCUUCUUCCUCCUCCUCUUCCUCAUCAUCGGGCAGCGGUGGAUUGCGCCUCCACCUUCACGCCGGCAGCUCCACCAAGCAGGGAUACCACAGUAACCACGGAAACCCCAACCAUCAGUCACCCGGCACACAGCGCGCACACACGCCCCCCACGCACACGUCGGCAUUGUCACACUCCACGCACGGCCUCGCUCCUCAAGACGGACGCAAGCGAGGGAGGCGGAAGCGCGGCUCCACGGGGGCCGUCGCUGCCACCGGCUCACCAAAGAGGAGGUCUUUCCCCGGCGUCAGUGCAAACAACCACUCCUCCGGGUCCCCACUCAACAUUAAUUCCAUGGUGAACAACAUCAACCAGCCCCUGGAGAUCGCGGCCAUCUCCUCGCCGGAGCAAUCGAGCCGCAGCCCCAGCGUGCCAACCCCGAACCAACCUCCAAUUCUGAAGAGGGAGCGCCCCCUGGAGGUCAACGGCACUGCUCGUUACUCCUCCGCCCCCAGCACUGAUGAUGAGGACUCAGGAUACCCGGUUGACGCCACCAACUCACGGAUUGAAAGGAAAAUUGCUACGAUAUCCCUGGAAAACAGAGAUGGAGCCAGUAGACUUGGAGAUGGUGAUAGAGGCAGGAAAUCAGGCAGCAGCAGCGGUAACAGCACAGGCAGCGAGGCCUCCUCCUCCUCCUCGUCAUUGUCCUCCACAAGCAAAUGGAAGUCAACCUUUUCACCCAUUUCGGACCCCAAGCAACCCAACUCCGACCUGAGGCAAGGGGGCUCUCCGUUUGCUAUGGGAGGCUCAAACUCGGACGCUGAUUACAAACAACACCAUCAACAGGCCAGGAAGGGAAGCGACGGAGAGUUAUCCAGCUACACCAAUCCCAACCCUUUCCUCAGCCAAGAAGCCAACAACAGAAGCACAGGUAGCGGAGGAGGUCAGGCGGGCGGCAGUUCAGACCCCCGCCAGGUUUUACAGAAGCAGAAGGCCCCUCGGGACUGGGAGCUAAAGACGAGCGGCGGCCACUCAAGUCAGAACAUUUUCAUAGCUGCGGCCGCCAGCAGCGGCGCAGGCAUUCUGAGCGGCAAAAUCGGGGGCAGCCCCGUCACCGUUUCGACGGGAUCUUCCGUGGGUCAGUUCCUGGGUUCGCAGUUCCCACUCGGAGGGGCCUCGGUCUUACAGUCGUUGUUCGGGGCUCAGACGGGAAGCUCCGGCGCGAGCGCCAACACACGGCUGGUCAACGGACACUCUGGCCUGGGCAGCUUCUCUAGCGCUGGGCUUGCUGGCGGGGCAGCAGGAGGUACCUUUCACCACGCGGUUCCCUCUGUGUCCUCGCAUCGUCAGUUUGGGGCGUCGCUGCCCCCUUCUGGAGGCCUUGGCUCUCUGCUCAGUCUCUCGUCCUCGCAACCCGCUUCCGCGCCCUCGCCUCUCCCUCCCUGCCCGUCGCAGGCCCAGCAUAGUCGCACCCAGACGGUGCUGCACAGCCCCUCCCCUCUGCCCCCUCCGCCGCCCCUGCACAGCGCCCCCUCCUCCACAGCGCCACCCCCGCCCGUCAGCCCCCCAUCGCGUCUCCCGCAUUCCUCGCUUCAUCACCAGAGGGUGCACACCCUCACUGUCUCCUCCUCUUCCUCGUCUGUCGUUCUCUCUGCCACCUCUUCUUCCUCUUUGUCGUCUUCCGCGUCUCGCCCAUACGCAGUCCACUACUCCCCCCGCUUGCCCCCGCCACCUCCCGCCAGCAGCUCAGGUGGUGGCGGGAGUAUGCGGAGGACUCAGCAUGGCAUCUUCACCACCACCACCCCGCUCCCCGGCUCCCGACCGAGAUAGGUUGUGGGGCUGAGGGAAUAGGGGGAAGGUGGUUUUGCGGGCAAUCAGAGAAAGAGAGCGAGAGAGGGAGAGGGAACAAGAAAGAGACUUAUAGGGAGUCACUGUUCUAAAUGAGCAAGGUAAGUUAACCCUGCAAUAUGAGAAAGGAAAUUAUUGUUGAGUAUGACCAGAUGUUUGCCCCUCUUUCACUGCCUAGUUCCGGGUUUGGGUCGAUGUUGCAGCCAUUCAUUUUCUACCCCUGCAUACUAGCAAUGUAGCAUCAGUGGAGUCACCUAUUCAGUUUUUUGUCGUGAAUAUAUUGUCAUGAACUAUUUAAAAAAAUAAAAAUAAAAUGCUGACCCUCAUUUGGCUUAUUGGAGAACUAUCCCUUAUCUACUGCCACCUAGUGGAAUAGAAUGGACAUGUGCAUUCCUCGCAAAACAUGCAGCAAAUAAUUUUGGAUACAAUAAGUGAAAUUUAGUCAGUAGCUAAGGGUACAAUGGGCUAUGCCAGACUGGACCACUUGCGGACUAAAAAAAAAACCCAAAUAAGUUGAACCAUGCAUUAGAAUAGGGGCAAUUUACUUGUCUGUUUUCAUGGUCAAAUGAUUAAAUGCAUCUUCUGUUUUGUAUGGCCUUUCAGGUAAUUGCUGAAAACUACCUCAACAUAAAAAAAAACAACCUAUGCAAACGUUCAAGUGUGGACCCAAGGCACUCUGCUCCUCACUCACUGGUGCUUUAAUACGUCGUCUAUACUACCAAGACCGUCUCCAAGACCGGCCUCUGUACUGGGACUUGCAUACGCGCACACACACACACACACACACACACACACAAACAUGCUGCAGUGAUCAUCAUGAGCAGAAUUCAAAGGAACCGGUUGUGUUUAAAUGUCAAUUGUUGUUGGAUACAGCUUUUUUAGAUAGCAGUCAGAAAUGAAUUAAAACAGCAAGCACGCAACUUCUCUUUUGAGGAAGCAUCUUCCUAUAUGACCCGUCCAUUGAUUUCUGCUCAGCCAUCACUAGCAUGUGCUUUUUUCUUCUUCUUUUUUUUCUCUUUCUUACAUCUGACCUAUGAAACAAGAUGAGGAAAUUCAUGUUUUAAGUCCACACUGGAUAACAACGUACCGUUGCAUUUGUAGCAUAAUGCUUUCGUGUCAGGAUCCACCCAUCUUUACAUAUAAAUAAAAAACACAAAAAAAAACAAAUCCGGCUGCUUUAAGCUCGCAGAGCUCUUAAUUUCCUAACUAACUGGAUCAAAGCAAUUCCGCGGUUCCUUUUCUCCUCGGUAACAUCAGACUUUUAACAUAUCAGUGGAGAUUACUGAUGUCUAAAAAAAGUUUACUUCAACAUCCGUUCAUAUCUGCCUUGUUCUGAAACAUUGAAGGCCUGAACAUGAAUGGAUAUUCUGCUACACAAUGGUGCUCCGUGUUCGCUCUCUGUGGCACUGCUGUCGAGUUAAGUGAAGCUAAAUCCAGGUAGAUAAUACAAAUAAUAAUAAUGACAGGAAAAAAACAGGCACUGCAUGUGUUUCCGUAUUUAUUAUUAUUACAUGUUUUUCUAAGUGGCACUACUUUGACAACUUCUCAAAGCAGGAUGUUUUUAACCUCUUCUUAAGAUGAACUUUGUAUAUUUAUUUGUGCUGCUGGGUGCUGCGGAUGAACACCGAGGUUUUACGACUCUAAAAUGCAUACACACAUAAACAAACACACACACACACACUGGGAAAAUCUUUUUACCGUUUGCAGCAUCUAACUACUGGACUAUUUCACACCUUUAUUUUUGUGUUGUCUUUUUUGUGUUUGUACUGUGAAUAUGAUUAUUUCUCUUGAGUGUACAGUUGUUAGAUUUAUAUAUUUAUGCCCCCCCACCCCUUUUCUCUCUCUUUUUUUUUUCCUUCUAAAAUGUGUUGUACAAUGCAAUAUAGUAUGUGACUGUCAGAAAACAAUGGUGCUAAAUUUGGACCGUGCCUGAUACUAUUUAUUCUUCCAGUGAAAAAAAGCAUCCCCCCCAAAAAAACAAAGGCGACACAGAGUGCUGUAUACGGGGAUUUAUUUUUUAUUUUUUUGUAAAUUUACCUUUUUGGCCUUUAAUUUCUUCUAUUUAAUAUUGUAUUGGAGUGUACAACACUUUUGGAUAAACAACAUUCAGUGAAAAAAAACAACAACACUGUUUUGUACAAAAGCGCCAACGCAAAGCUAUAUUUAAUAUGUAAUUAUGUAUGUUUAAAUCUAUAUAUAUGAGGAAAAAAAAUCUAUCGGUGCUGCAUUGUGAUUCCCACGUUCAGUCUUCAGCCACCACAUGACCUUAACAAACAUGGCGGCACACAACGUGCCCAGGUGCUGUGGCGGAGCGACCACGACAGGAUGUUUUCCUGUACCUUUUUUGUUGUUUUGUUUUCUUAAACUCUGCAGGAAAAAAACAGACAGAUGGUGCUUCUCUUUUUAAACCUCAAAUUGAACAAUUAAUGGUGCAAACAAAGCGACGCGUCUUACAGAUAAAGCCCGCUUGUAGAUUUGGUGGGUACUGCCAGAGCAGAGCCGCGUUUGUUUGUAGUGUGUUUGUUUGAUCGCGAUUGCUGACUGGUGUGGUGGUGAACCGGUGGUCCGUAGGCCACAGAAAUAGAACCCAGGAAUACUCAAUGCUCAAAAAAGGUUUGUUGGGCCUUUGGUGGAAAUUAGGGGUUCCCCACCACAUUGUAGUCUGUUUGUAACCAGCACUGAGUCUUUUUUUUUUUUUUUUGGGUUAAAUCAUUGUGUCAUAUCUCUGCGGUCUUACAGAUUCCUGUCCUGUUUGUAGAAAUGCUCGUCAGUCAAGACAACUUGGUGCUACUUCCCAUAAAAAGAGGACAGGACGUUUGCAACUCAUCGUUCAAAAACCGUGACGCUUCUGCCAUUGUUUCCCUCUCGCUGGGCAGCUUUCCCGGAUGUGCAAGUGAGAACCUGCUUUUUAUCGCAGCUUUUGUUUUUGUAACGCAGCCAAACCAUGGUGCUUGUUUCUAUACCAUUUCAGAUUUGUUAGCCAUUCAAAGGGUGUCCGAAUUUUGUCAUGUUUUUGUUUUACAAAUAAAGAUUAAAAUAUAUAUUAAA